AUGGCCAUCCGGGACAUUGUCGCCAAUCCUUCACUGCUGCCCGUGCUCGGGCUCAGCGCCGAGACCCGCGAUCAAUGCAUGAAACUGUUAGCUACCUUGGAUCCCACUGCCGACCUCUCGACGGAUCCCCACGAUCGCGCCCUGGCGGCCUCGAGGGAGCAGAAACAACUGUUUGCUCUGCUGGCUCGGCUGCGGGGCCAGAACCGCGAUGCGAUCGUGCGCGUGCGUGAGACCAAACAAUCCACCGCGGAGGCCCGCCAGGAGAUCGACCGUCUCCAUCUUCAGCUUCAGAACCUGUACUAUGAGCAACGACAUCUUACCGGCGAGAUUGCCGCCUGCGAGGCUUACGAUCAUAAAUAUCGCGCCCUCCCGUUGAUCCCGCCGGAGGAGUUUCUGGCUUUAUUCCCGGAGCAUCAGCAGUCGGAUGAUCACGAAUUGAUGGUUGCGCGGAUCCACCACGAACAUGCGGAGCGGGAGAAGUUGGAACAGGCGCGACAGGAGCUGCUAAAGCGCAAGCAGGCAUUGAUUGCGGAGAACAACAAGCGAAAGGAGGAUUUGGCCAGUCUGGACAAGGACCUGGAAAGGUUUAUCGACCAUGUCCUGGUCAUGACUGCCAAGAAUGAUGCCCAGACGUCUCUCCAGACUGUCUCCUCCGACCACGCCAUGACCGCCACCCCGCGUCUGCCGCCCCCCGAGAAGCCCGAGGCCAUUCGGACUCGGUUCAAGGUCAUUGCGGCCUUCUGGGCUGUGAUCAUCUUUCUGGGCUUUCCCAUCUGGUGGAAGACCACCUCCAUUUACCGUGCCCGACUGCCUGUCCCGGACAUGAUCGAUUGGGCCGAUGGCAAAACCUGUCGGCCAGUCUUCCCCCUCGAGAUCCGCGUCGAGACCCCCUCCCUGCCCGAGAUCGAGGCUCAGCAUCUCCUCCGUUCCACCCAGCACGCUCUCGAUGACCUCAAUGAAUUCUCUGCACACCAUCUGCGACUGAAGCUCUCCAACGAGAACCCAGACCAGCCCCUCGCCGACGACGCCGCCGACACCGCAUUGACUGUCCGCCUGGUGGCCCAGGACGACCUCACCACUCCCCAAGCAGCCCUCCACCCCGACACCACCCAGCUCGAUGUCUUCUAUCCUCCGAGUCAGAUCCCGCCCCCGUCGGCCUCCAACUCGCCGCUCUCCGCCUUUAUCGCAAGCGAGCUGCAACUCCUCUUCGCCGAAGAAAAGGCCAUAAUCGCGCAGGUCCUCUCCGACAACAACAUCCCCAGCGCACACAUCUCCCCGGAUCUAGCAGAGAGCGUCACCCGCCGCCUGCGCCGCUCUAUGAAAUACGCCGACACCUACCACCUCGCGUUUAGCCUCUUCACCCCCGGCUCUGCCCCUUCCUCCUGGGACAUUCAAGCGGCCGUGCAUGACUACAUCACUCCCGUCCUCGAGGCCUUCUCCCCCAUCAGCAAUUUCACCGUCGACACCCAAGUCCAGCUCUAUGCGGGCUUCUCCCCUACUGCACCGGCUCCUGAAUACGACGAGGCUCACGCUGUCUGGACGCUCAGAAAAGAUGACCUUAGUGCGUUUAUCAACGCUGCCGAAUGGCCCCUCAGCCCGAGCAUCGGCUCUGGCCCAACCAUCAACUUCAUCCUCUACGUCCCGGCCCCGUCGCAGUCCCCGCUCGUGGUCAAAGACAGCCUGGCCACCAGCUGGAUCAUUCCGCAAUGGGGCGGCGUCUUUCUUCUCAACCCGACCCCUAUAGACGCCCCCGACCAGCUCCACCAUCUCACCAAGGACACUCUCGGUCCCGCCUUCAUGACCUUCUCUCACCAACUCCUCACCCUCCUCGGCGCGCCCUCCACCCCGCCUCCGCUUCCCCUCCGUCUGCAAACCCUCACCCGCAUCCGCGCCGCGACCCUGCUUCUCUCCGCCUCCUCGACCAUGGGUUCCCUCGCCCGGCUGACCGAAUCCCUUCCGUCCAUCCCCAUCCCGGCCACUGUGGCCACCUCCGUCUCUACCACCCUCACCCACCUCACCUCCGCAUGUAGCCAUCUCCGCCACGGUCAAUUCCAGGCCGCUCUAGCGAGUGCCCGCGUCGCCGAGGUCGAGGCCGAGCGCAGCUUCUUCGAGAAGAGCAUGGUCGGCCAGAUGUAUUUCCCUGAUGAGCACAAGGUUGCGGUGUACUUGCCGCUCCUGGGACCGGUAGGCGUACCGCUUAUCGUGGGAUUAUUGAAGGAAGUGAAGAAGCUGGUGGCGAGUUGGCGUGAGAGACGAUUGAAGUGA